AUGAUCAAAGCUAUACUUGUAUUUAAUACUCGUGGUCAACCACGUGCCAUAAGAUUUUUUGAAUCAUGUUCAACUGAAUUACAACAAAAAUUAAUUCGUGAAUCUUAUCAAAUAAUAUCAAAACGUGAUAUUAAUGCAUGUAAUUUUGUUGAAUACAAUGAUAAUAAAUUAAUAUAUCGUCAGUAUGCAACACUCUAUUUUGUAUUUGUUAUUGAUUCAAGUGAAUCUGAAUAUGAUAUUUAUGAAUUAAUUCAUAUAUUUGUACAAUGCUUAGAUCAAUAUUUUGAAAAUGUAUGUGAACUUGAUUUAAUAUUUCAUUCCGAUAAAGUUAAUCAUAUAUUAAAUGAAUUUUUUAUGGGUGGUUUUAUAGUUGAACGUAGUCCUGAUUUAAUUUUAAAUGAUAUACGUACUCAAAUACGUUUAGAACGACAAGAUUCAGGUGUUUUAAAGCAAAUGGGAUCAAAAAUAAAAUCUGUUGUUGAUACAAAAACAGAAAAAAUGAAAUUGGAUGUGGAAAAAAAAUUUGAUAUUAAAUUAUAA